AUGAGUAAGUGCAAAUCAGUAAUACUGCUUGAACUAAUCAUUUUCAAGUUUUUCAUCAAACUUGGAUCCGAGGCUCACGACGAAAUCAAAUAUCGUCGUCAAGUGAGGGAUACUGUGGAAUCAGUGAUCAAUUCAAGCAUCUACUACUCGCUACAAAACCUUCGUAACUACUACUACGACAUUGAUCUGGAGCAACUUAUUUAUUGCUCGAAUCGGAAAUUCUGCCAUUUGCACUACCGAUGGGACGAUGUGAAGGCAAUGAGACAGAGACGCCGAGAAGCAGGUUUAGAUGUGGAGAAUUACACAAUUCAAGAUGUGAUGAGAAUGUCUCGCCGAAGCGCAUCGGAUUCUCCAAUCGACGACGACAUGAGCCCGUAUCCCAUCAACGAAAACUAA